AUGUCAUCUACAGUUGCAAAAGGAAAAGAACUUGAGCAAAGGAUUUUUAAUAUAUUGAGGAGCGUAGAAAUUGAGUGCAAAUGGACAGGUGGUUCGGGUGACGGAGGAGUGGAUAUCAUCGGUGUUGUUGUUGGGAUCCCGUUCGUGAUCCAGUGUAAAAAUUGGACAAAACAUAAAAUUGGUCCCUCCGUCAUCCGUGAAUUAGAAGGAGCUCUUACUAGACAAACAAGGGGUACAAUAGGUGUUGUUGUGGGGCAUUCAAAAUAUAGAUUCACGCCUGGUGCGAUAGAUACGGCUAGAACAUCGAUUUAUGAUAUUAUCCUCACGGAUAAGAAAGACCUUUCCGUUGAUCCAGAUUUUCUUGAUGCGAUCAUUCUUGCUGAAUUUGAUUGUCAUAUAAAAGGAGAUUGA